CAUGAAGCUGAGCGAAGCAGAGGCUCUGAGGAGCUCCAUCAAAAAGGAAGGAAAUGCCAUCGACCGCUUUGAGGAGGCCAUCUUCUUCAGCCUCAAAGGAGAGGUAAAGAGGCAGGUCUGCAGUAACGUGGGAUGUGUGAAGCUGGCCAAGGAAAUGAGCAGGCAGGCGCUGAGACUGCUGGAAAAGCGGUUCCCCCGGACUCGUGCCGGGGCCUUUGUCAAGUCUCUGUGGGAAGGGUUGAAGCGUGCUCCUCAGGCCACAGGCAGAGCGUCCUUCCUUCCCCAGGAGGCUCGGAGGAAGAAGCAAGCCUGGCUGGUUCAGCGGAGCAGAUGCCUCUCCUUGCUCGAGGACCUCUACAGCCAGGAGGGCACAUCUGGCGGACAGAGGUUCUCCCGCCUGGCAGCACUCAUGAAGGCCAACACGGACAGCAAGAUGCACUCCUAUCAGGCAGCAGACUCACACAUUGGACAAGCCUUGAAUUAAGGAAAAUAGGUCAGGUUAAAAGCUAUGUGCUUUCAUGGCGUGCUGAAUUGGCAGCUGCAGAUGUGGCCUUGCGAAGCCAGCUUUUGGCUGCCCAUAACCGAUGCUUUUC